UUCAGCUUUGUUGCAGUGCCAAAUAGCUAGCGCAGGCUGGUAGACGAGCAGAAGCUCUUAGCGGAAACAUGCGGGCGGCUGUUCCUUGCCUCUUCGUCGUUGGCGCCAUGUUGUGGCUAGGCGCCCCACUUGCUGCGGGCCAAGCCAAGCACCGUCUAACGCACGGCGUUACAGAUGCCUUCAAGAUGUUCGAGAUUUUCCCAGUUGCCAUCGCAAUAUUCGACACCGACAAAGACGGAGACCUUGAAUGCCUCACGACUGUCCGGACUAAUUAUAAUGAGGAAGGCCACACGGUCACCUACACGUGGCUUAUACCAGGCCUCAACGGCCACGAGAAAAAAAACAUAACCUUCAAUCUGAGAGAAGGAGCUAGCCCUGACAAACCUGUGUACACACCAUUAGAAGGGGAUGGAUCUGACAAAGUUGCCAACUUUAUCUAUACUGACUACAAGGCGUGCACUGUGCUGGAAAUUCCUUAUAAGACCAAACAAGUGUGCAUCUUGUGGGUGACCAGGGAAGCUGUGAGCAAUAUACCGCAAAAUUGCGUGGGCUAUUACGACGACAUCUGCGGCACAAGGAUUGAGGCUUACAAUGAAGAAAGCUGCAGCCCUGUGAUGGCCAACCUCUAGCGGCUCGUCUACCUUCCUUUAAGGUUUGACGAGGGCUAAGUGCAGCUAUGAUUUCGCGACGGUGUCGAAGAAAUAAAAUAUAAUUGUUUGUGA